GUUUGAUAAACAUUCCGUCCGUCGUCGUCAUCAUCGUCUAUAGUCUGUGAAAAUAUCACAUCAACAUUACAAAGCUAAAAGAGCCGUAGCACUCAACUCAAAAAACAAGCUACAAAAUGAUUUUCCUUAAAUUUUCAAAAAGAUAAAUGAGAUUCACGCCGACAAAACAAAAAGUGUGUGUUUCUUUUGUGAAAUUCCAAACAUUGGAUAAUUAGGUUUUCGUUUUUGAAUUUGUUUUUUUUUUUGUUAUUUAAUAUAAUUACCAAGAAAUAAAUAAAAAAAACACCAUGAUGGAGGAUUCAAUAUCAAUGAAAUGGAAUAUUUCUCAAAAUUUCAAUAAGACAUUUAUACAUCCUCCACCGGUUAUUGAUCCCGAAAGCGAGUAUACGCCUUACAGUGAGCGCGUCGAGACUUAUUUGGUACCAGCUGUUUUCGCUAUAAUUUUUAUUGUUGGCGUAAUUGGAAAUGGAACAUUGGUUGUGAUAUUUUUUCGACACCGUGCAAUGCGCAACAUUCCAAACACAUACAUUUUAUCAUUGGCACUAGCAGACCUUCUGGUAAUUAUAAUUUGUGUACCUUUGGCCUCUGUGCCAUACGUACUCGAUUCAUGGCCAUGGGGUGCAACGUUGUGCCGGGUCACCGAAUGUGCUAAGGAUAUUUCGAUCGGAGUGUCAGUGUUUACGUUAACAGCUUUAUCUGGUGAAAGGUACUGUGCCAUUGUGAAUCCACUGAGAAAAUUACAGACUCGUCCUUUGACGGUUUUAACUGCCACAUUGAUAUGGAUGUUGGCGAUAUUGUGUGCUACACCGGCGGCAUUAAUUUCGGACACGCAGGAUGUGCAACUACCGAAGAAUUUGACAAUAACUUAUUGCUCACCAUUUGGACACUAUCCAAAUCAUUCUCCAUAUGCAAAAUACACGGUUGUGGCAAAGGCGUUCGUAUAUUAUUUGCUUCCACUUUCCAUAAUUGGAGCCCUUUACAUUCUGAUGGCAAACCGAUUACACAUAAGCGCCAGGGAGAUGCCAGGCGAGGCAUUAGGUAUGCAAAGUAGGGCACAGGCUCGUGCUAGGCGUCAUGUUGCACGCAUGGUGGUUGCAUUUGUCGUUGGAUAUCCGAUUAACAGUUGA